AGAGCGUAAGGGAAGAAACAACAGAAGCAAUGGAUCCGCAGCAAAGAGAAGUUUCACUUCUUCAGGCAGAAGCUCAGAAGUUGACUAUUGCAACUGAAGCAUCUCAGCCUUGUGAUGAAGAGAAAAAGAGAGCUGAAAAAGCGAUGGUUCUGCAACAAAGGGAAGUUUCACAGCCUGUCACCAUAAAGGAAGAGUUGGAAAUUUUCAUGCGCCUGCAUGGUGAGUUUUUAGGACUCCGCACUAGAAGAAUGAACAAGGUUCGGGGUGAAGCAAAAGUUUUAUACCAGAAAGGCUUGCAAAACAUGAGAGAGACUGCUAAUGCUAUCGUAAAAAGGGCUUUAGAAGAUUUUAAAGAAGAUGAGAAGAAACUUGAGACUGUGGAAAUGAUAAAGACUCGGAUAACAAAACUCAGGAAAGAAAUCAGGAAACUCAAGACAUGA